AUGAACAAAAUUAUAAAAUCCAAUGAGCACGAAGUUGCAGUUAAAAAAUCAACAGUUGGAUCAAUAAGAAAUGUAACAACAGAAGCCACUCGUGAUUCAGGUUAUGAUGAUAAUUCUGAUCGAUUGGAUCAACAACAACAACAACAACAACAAAAACAACAUGUUGACAAAGUUCACAGUCAGGCCAAGAUGAUAUCAAAAAAAAGUAAAAUACCAGUUGAUAAAAGUCAUUCCAAGAAGAGGUUCAAAGCAGAUAACAACAAAAAUAACUGUGAUGAUUCAAGUAAUUCUAGACAUAUACAAAUUCCUUCUUUAAAUAAAGAAGAAAGUGUAACCAUUAGAGAUAAAAUCGUGUUAGAUAAUUCAAUUGAUGUUGACAAAAGUAAAAAUUCGAAAGAUCAUUUAAUGAGGCUAGGAAUAAAGUUAAAUAGGAUUGCCAAUUCAUUUAAAGACAAUAAUCGAAGUUGUACGAAUAAAGUCGUUGAAAAUGUUGAACAUCAAAAAAACACAAGAAUUCGUACUGGAUCACUUGUUCCUAAAAAAUAUAGCUUUUGUACAGAAGAAGAUGAUCAACUAAGCUCUACUGCAGACGAAAAUGACCUUGAUGAUAAUAUUAUUGAUGUUGAUGAUGAACUAAGCUUUACUAAAGAUGAUGAUGAUGAUGAUGAUGAUGAUAAUAAUAAUAAUAACCUUAACCAAAAUGAAAAUCUUGAAAAUAAAAUUAAAUCAGGUAUAACUGAAACAUCAUUAGAUAGUCCAAAAACAUCAGAUACUCCAGAUACAUCACAAUCACCAAAACCAACAGAAUCAUCAUAUUGGACAAUAACAAGUUUGUUUGAUUUAUUUGGAACAUCUACAAAUACAACAAAAAAUUUAGAAGAGUCAAGAACAGUAACUGCAACAAAACAAUCGUCUUGA